CUAUCCAAAAUCCCACACACACUUUAUAUAUAAAUUCUCACACAGUCUCUUCUGUUGUCAACUUCAUUCUUAAUUUCUCUUCCUAACUCACUCACUCCAUAUCCAUGGCUUCUUCAGAUUCCAAUUCAAACCUUAGAAUCUCCAUUGAGAGAAACCCCUCCCAGUCACGCCUAGCUGAAUUGAACAUCAAGUGCUGGCCAAAAUGGGGUUGCUCUCCAGGGAAAUACCAGUUGAAAUUUGAUGCAGAGGAAACAUGCUAUUUGUUGAAAGGGAAGGUGAAAGCAUACCCAAAAGGGUCAUCAGAAUUUGUGGAGUUUGGAGCUGGAGAUCUUGUCACAAUCCCAAAAGGACUCAGUUGCACUUGGGAUGUAUCUGUUGCAGUGGACAAGUACUACAAAUUUGAAUCAUCAUCAUCUUCUUCAUCAUCACCAUCCUGCUAAUGUUUGUCCAACAAGUUUAAUUUUAGCUUUUAAUUCAUCAAAUCAUGUAUAUCCAUUGGAAAUUUGUUCACAGAAAAGGUAGCCCUUUUCUUUAAUUUAUCUUGAUUGAUUUGUGUACACCAUAACAGUAGUGAGACUCAUAUACAUCUUCUUUUUCUUUAUAUCAA